AUAUGGCAACCAGGGGACAGGCAUACCCAUGUGGCCCUCCACAGCUCACUGUAACUUGUUAAGCGGCCCGACACCCGAAAUAAUUGCCCGCCCUUGUGUUAGAAGCUGUAGAUACUUGUGGACCGACUCUUCUAGAGCUUCUGGAAAUCAAUGAACGUACUUCCCUGUGCUCUUUUACUGCAACCUUGGGACUCCAAGGAAAGCCCCAAGAUGAUCAUGUUCGCAGUGGACAAUAUGCUGCUCUCUCAUCAUACAAUUGUUUAGACAUAAUAUGUUAGCCUAAUUUAGACAUCUGGAGUUAGGUGAUCUCAGUGUGUGCAAGACUGAACAUUACAUCCUUCAUAUUAAAAAUAGCCUUUUCUGCCCCAGCAAACUUCAACGUUAGCAACAAAGGAUGGGUAACACUAUCCCUUUAGUGAUUAUUAAUAACUUCCAGAGCAUAUGGAGAUGACUAAUACAAUCCUAUCUCUAAAUUAUUCUGGGAUUGUGAGGUACCACAAUACAUUAGGAGUUAUUUUCAUCUGAAUGCCUGCGCAAUUGCUGUUGAACAUCGAUAUACAUUGUUAUGCGAGUCAAAAUUUUUGGGGACUUGUAGCGUCUGGACCCAGAUGAGCGAGUUAAGAAUGGCAGUCGGUAUUGAUUUGGAAUAGCUUUGCUUUUGGGGGGUUGAGACUUGUCACAACUUCCCAGUACCCUUAUACUAAUUUUUUUGUAACUUCAUUUCAAAUAUGUCUUUACAACAUGGGAGAUGGAAAAACAUGUAGAUCUAAUUUGCUCAACUAUGUGUUUCUUGUUUUUUAACAAAAAUAAAAUUAGGAACAAGCUAAGACAUCAGGAGUAAAAAACUUAAAUUGGUAGUAAGCAGGCUCUUAUAUAGUUGUGGGAAGAAUGUUUUGCUCAUUUUUAGUGGUAGAAAUUGGCACAUUAUAAGUUGUGCUGACCCCUUGAAAUAUUUAGAGGGGUUUUUUUUCUUUUUUACAUGCUUGAACAGCAGCUUAUGGCACUUUGAUCUGUUUGUUGUGUGCUGAACGGAAACCACGCUGUGAAAUAGUACCGCCUUUGUUAUGCUGAACAAGGUCGACCAGCCGUGAGGUUACGUACAACUUGGUUGGGCUGCAUUGAAGUGCUUUCCACGGACAUCUAAUCGCUAGAUUGCAAAGUGUCGCAGGACCAUGAUGGGUUAUCUGGAUGACGUGCCUUUCAGAACGUAUGGGAGCUUUGAGGAUGGCUCUGCAAAGGGGACCAGUUUAAUCAGCCCCCCUGACAUUGAGGUUCCUGACUGCACAGAGAUGCUAAUGAGCACCAUGCACGAUUUCUCGUUGGAAAGGAAGGUGCUGUAUUGGAUUGAGGCUGCGUCUAGGCAAGCAACUCUCCAGUAUCAAGUGACCACAGAAGCUGUCCCAACAGCUCCACCUUGCUGGCUGCUUUUGGUUGACUCCAAAGAGAACGUGGGCCUCCGGGUAAAGAAGAACAAGGCGGCUGAUGGAAAAGCCAGGGAUGGCGCGACAUUUGGAAACCACGUUCGGCGAUGCAUGAGCCUCAGCGCUGCGGAUGUGAGCUACGUCCGCCCCAGGGGCAGAGGUGUGCCCUCCGAGACAGAAAGCGAGGAGUGGUACUCGGAAGAGGAUGAGUUCUCUGUGGAUGAUGAGUACUCCUCAUCGACCUGCGAGGAAAGUAGCAAGGAGGAAGUAAUCAUCCCGAAGACCAAAACCAUUGUAAAGGCUGUGCCUUGUUUCCCUCGGCUGGAUCAGCGCAGGCCAAAGACUUCUCCAGGGCUGUUAGAGCCACCCUCUGAAAGACACUGCAGUGAAUCAAAUAGCCCCGAUCUGAACAAGCAGAGGAGGUCCCUGGUUUUGUUUAAUAACGUGAAGAAUGAGUUGGAAGGAGCCAGAAAGAAGCUCGCUGCUCUAGUGCACCCUCUGUACAGAGCCUCCAUAGAAAAGAAACUCUCGCCAAGACCGUUCUUGCUGCGACGGUGCUCUCGAAGAUACGCCCCUGCCUCUGAUGGGUCUUUGAAAGGAGCUCUCAUCCCGACACCCCCAUCCACCCCUUCUGACUACUCAACGCCCCCAGCCACUCCUUGCCCCUACCUAACACCUCCAGCCACACCGUGUGAUUACCCAACGCCCCCAGCCACUCCUUGCCCCUACCCAACACCCCCGGACACCCCUUGCAAUUACCCACCACCUCUGCUCACCCCUUUCCGCUACCCAACACCCCCGGACACCCCUUGCAACUACUCAGCACCUUCAGUUACCCCUCGCAACUUCCUGACCCCUCCAGCCACCCCUUGCUGCAGUCGCCGGAAGCUGCCCACCACUAGGUUGAUGCCUCCGAUAAAAAAACACAAGCCCGUAGUUGCGUCCCUCAGCCCCUAUUCCUGCCUUCCAGCCCCUUCUGGGGCUGCGCGACCUCUGAGUUCCCACAGAACUCGUCCGGACUCCACGGCUGACCUGCUCUCGGCGCUGAGCCAGCAAGAGCGUGACCUCAUCGAGCCAGUUUUAGCCUUGGGUUAUCCGAUCCGCAGAGCUAUCCUUGCUCUCCAGAAGACGGGAAGACAGAGUUUAGGUCAGUUUCUCAGUUAUCUUAGUGCCUGCGACAGGCUGCUGAAACAGGGCUAUGAAGAGGGGCAGGUGGAAGAAGCCAUGGAAAUGUUCCAGUACUCUGAGAAGAAGGCAGCUGAAUUCCUGCAUCUUUUAGCUCAGUUUGAUGAUAUGGGUUUCCAACAAGCCGAAAUCAAAGAAGUUCUUCUGCUGUGUGAGAAUCAGAGAGAUAAAGCACUGGAAGAGCUCAUGACACGAUCACAGUGACAAAUGCCUGGCAACAAAGUGAUAUUUUUCCAGCAUUAGAUUGACCGCUGAAGCACCCUUGGCAUCAAUAUCGUUAUAGAGGCAUGAUUUUAAUUUACACUAAAAAAAAAAAAAUAUAUAGCUCAUCUGAAACGAACUUUCAGAGCUGUGUCUCGUUCUCCUCUCGCAUUUUUGGACAUCUCGCCCAAGGGAUUCAACGGCUUUAUGUCAGAAACAGUUCUCUGCUUGUCCGCUCUACACACGUGCGCUGUGAACUAUCUCAGUAGCUUGGAUAAGACCGAAUUGGGCCCAAACCUCUUCUGGCUUAAUUUUGGCAAAAACCAAAUCACAGCCUCUUCAGUCAAUCUGAGCCCCUAUGCAGUCUUUCCUGUGCUUUCUAUAUUGCAGUACCUGGAAAUGUGGCCCAAUGUGAGCUUUAAAUAAAUAUAUAUAUAUAUAUGCGCAAACCAAAAGAAGUUGUUUUCAUGCUGGCAGAAUUUAUUUUUCCUGGAGAAUUAGUUACUGCUUUCUUGAGAGGAGUAUAACUGGUCUGAGUCUCGUUUGACAGUUGUAACCCAAUUCUGAGUUUCCACCAAAUCAUAUUGGCUUCUCCUUUUAAAGGAGAAAGUUAAAAAGAGCAUUUGAUUAACUGAGUGCAAGCAAAGAAAACAGCCUUCUAUUGCAGUGUUGUGGGUAACUAAUGUAACAUGUUUGUCCACUGAAAUGAAAAAUGGGUUAUGCAAGUCUGAAGGCUUGCACGCACAGCCUUUCUGUGACAUCUGGACAGAGGGCUAGAGGAACGAUUCUGCUCUGCCGGUUUUAUCUUGUGUCCAAUUGAAGAAAACUUGGGACAAGGCCACCCUUCCCAAAAGUGGAGAGCAGUGGCUCAGCUAAGCGUGUUGCAUGCAGACUUCGAGACUCGGAAAAUGUUGAGCGAAGAGGUUUUUUUUCCCUCUCCUUGGGUAACUGGCACACAAGGUAUGCAUCUGAUCCGGAUCACCUUGCUAGAUGUCACUUGGGCUUUGGCAGCUUUAC